AUGCGUCCAGACACACUGACGGAACUCUGUCACAAGCACGGAAUCGAGCGGCCUCCAGACACGCGCGGGAAGUCCUUCCCAGACUUUAGCCCGUUUGCCCGCUGCUACAUUGCCGUCUGCGAGUGCCUCCGGGAAGAAGGUGACUUGAGGCGCCUCGUCUUCGAGGUCGCGGAGGAUUCGGCCAAGUCAGGUGCCUUUUGGAUAGAGCCUGCGCUCUCACUGGAGCUCUAUGCCGAUCGAUUUGGUGGCCCAGAAAAGACCCUAUGUAUGCUGCUCGCUGCUGCAGAAGAUGCAGAAGAUGCAACUGGUGUUGCAAUCGGCUUCAUUGUAGCUGCUGAGCGGCAUAUGCCAGUCGAGAAGGCGGAAGCGCUUGCUCGCGCAGUUAAGAAUUUGGCAGAGGGCGGAGCUGCCAAGAUCAAGGGCCGAGAUGGAAUUAUUGGCUUUGGCUUGCAUGGUGCAGAGGUUGGUAACCCACCGGAGCCUUGGAAGGAGGCAUUCAAGAUAGCAUGCGUUGCCGGCGUGGUGCCUUUGCCACAUGCCGGGGAGUACCCUCCCUCCAGCGCACCUGGAGCUGGACCUGGUAGCGUUCAGUUCUGCGUGGACCAUCUUGGGGCCCGUCGGAUUGCUCACGGGGUUCUUGCAGCUGAAGAUGAUGGCCUCGUUGCGCAUUUAGCAACUCUCCAGGUGUGUCUAGACAUCUGUCCGACAAGCAACCAGCUGCUUGGGACAGUUCGAGGUCCUGGUCUGCAAUCGCCACUCAAGCAGUUUCUUGAGGCAGGUGUGCCCUGCACGAUCAACUCCGAUGAUCCUCUGCUGUUUGGCUGUUCCUUGUUGGGAGAAUAUGAGCGGUGCCGGCAAGAGUGA